AUGGGAAGAAAGCAAAACAAAUACUGCCAAUACCAUCGAGCUCAUGGUCACACCACUAAUCUAUGCCAUGAGUUAAAAGAUAAAAUUGAGAAACUCAUUCAAGAAGGUCACUUGCAGAGGUAUGUGCGAGAAGAUAAAGAAAAGGAUAGGGAACCACUGAGAAGGGGAGAUAGGCCCGAAGGACAAGAGACACGCAACCAUGGGCAGCAGGAGAGAAGGAGAGACCAUGCACAGAAUCCCUUGGAUAAUGAAUUGACUCAACAAGCUAUACACGUCAUCUCUAGUGGCGAAACUUUAGCUGGAGACAACUCCUCUUCUCGGAAGGCUUAUGCCCACCUAGCCUACCAAGUCAACUAUGUGGGGAAGAUUAAGGAAAAUGAAGACCCCAUGACCUUCACGCCAAAUGAUCAGGGGGAUGUGAUUCUCCCACAUGAUGAUCCGCUAGUAAUUUCAAUUGUCAUCACCCAACAUCCCAUCGGAAAAGUCCUAGUAGACAGUGGCAAUUAUGUCAGCUUAAUCUAUUGGAAUUGCUUCAAGUAG